CUUCUCAAUUAUAUCCCCCAACACCCCCCUUCCAUUUUAUAAAACCAACUUCUCCCAAUUAUUAUCCACCGAACCACUCCAUCCUUCCUCAAAAUCCUCACUGGCACUCCUCUCCUCUCCGGAGCGCCUCCACCUUCCACCUCCUCUCCGCCGGGCUCCCCUUGCGGCCUCCUGAACCAUCAUACUUCCUAAGCGCAACCACCCCCACCCCUCUUGCUCUCAUUCACAGUUUCAGUUGGGUUUUGGAUGUUUGUAUGUUUGGUGGUACUAGUGAGGUAAAAAGUUAGGAAAAGAUGGAGAAAGAUAUGCAGAAGGAUAGUGGUUCAGGCGCCCCUGGAACGCCUGGUGGUGGCCGGCUACGUCGUCGUAGAGGUUCAAAUGAGGUUCCUCCUGAGGUUGCUAAAGUGAAUGGAAAUCAUUUACUUGUUCAUGAUCGAAACAAAUACAAGUCGAUGUUGAUCCGGAUGUACUCAACAGUAUGGAUGAUUGGGGGCUUUGUCUUCGUACUAUAUAUGGGUCAUCUUUAUAUUUGGGCCAUGGUAGUAGUGAUCCAAAUUUUCAUGGCGAAAGAGCUGUUUAAUCUUCUCAGGCGAGCACAUGAAGAUAAGCAACUUCCAGGCUUCCGACUAUUAAAUUGGCAUUUCUUUUUCACAGCAAUGCUUUUUGGGUAUGGCCGUAUCCUAAAUCAAAGACUCGUGAAUACUGUUUUUCAAGACAAGUUCUUGUACAAGCUUGUGAGCGAAUUUAUCAAGUAUCAUAUGGUGACUUGUUAUUUCUUGUAUAUUGCAGGUUUCAUGUGGUUUAUUCUUACUCUUAAGAAGAAGAUGUACAAGUAUCAGUUUGGCCAGUAUGCAUGGACCCACAUGAUUCUGAUUGUGGUCUUUACACAGUCUUCCUUCACUGUGGCCAAUAUUUUUGAGGGAAUUUUCUGGUUCCUUCUUCCAGCAUCACUUAUUGUCAUCAAUGACAUCGCUGCUUAUUUGGUUGGGUUUUUCUUUGGAAGAACUCCUUUGAUCAAGUUGUCUCCGAAGAAGACUUGGGAAGGCUUCAUAGGAGCAUCUGUUACGACUAUUAUCUCUGCCUUUGUGCUUGCAAACUUCUUUGGUCGUUUUCAGUGGCUUACGUGUCCUAGGAAGGAUUUGUCCAUGGGCUGGCUUAACUGUGAUCCUGGUCCUCUAUUUAGACCAGAAAAUUAUGCUCUACCAGAAUGGGUUCCUCAAUGGUUCCCUUGGAGAGAGUUCCAAGUAUUGCCAGUACAGUUGCAUGCUUUGUGCCUUGGAUUAUUUGCUUCAAUUAUUGCACCUUUUGGAGGGUUCUUUGCAAGUGGCUUCAAAAGAGCUUUCAAGAUUAAGGAUUUUGGUGAUAGUAUUCCGGGACAUGGUGGAAUCACUGACAGAAUGGAUUGUCAGAUGGUGAUGGCCGUUUUUGCUUACAUCUAUCAUCAGUCAUUUGUGGUGCCUCAGAGCAUAUCAAUUGAGACGAUCUUGGAUCAGAUACUAAUGAACCUCACAUUUGAAGAGCAGCGAGCUUUGUACAUGAAACUUGAACAGAUCAUCCAGGAGAGGCUGAUAGGGGAAUCUUAAAUGUGCACAUCGGCCCCUUGUAAUUUAUGCAGCCCUCACUUGAGCACGUGAUGCGCAUGUUAUCCUUGCUGUAACCUUUUCAUGAGCAGCAGGUGUUUCUCAUUGCACGCAACUUUUGCAUGCUGUAUAGUGCUUAACUCCUAAAUUUAGUCCAGCUUAUCAUAUUUGCAGUCUUUUAUCUACUUCGACUAACAGUCUGAGUGAAGAAGCAUCUCAUCAUGGGACAUUGAGUAGGAUGCACGUCUUUGCCUACUGGAAGGCUGCUCAAGGAUACCUAGACUUUUUUUUUUUUUUGACUGGUCUGGAAAUGGGUGAUUUUGUACCAUAAGACACGAUAUGCGUGUUGCAGUUACUGGGAUCAGUAUUUAGAUUUUUGGUGGCAUCUGCAUGUAACUGAGUGUCACUUACACUUGGAGGGAUGAUUUCGAUUAUUAUGCCCAGGCAUGCCAUUAGUGUGGUAAAAGCAUACAAUUAGAAUGCAUGUAUGCUGGUCGUGCUAACAAGUAGCUUGCUGAUAUUUCGGGGUUGGUUAAGGUUUCUUGUAUUCUAUGAUCAGGUAGGGGACAAUGUAUGUUGGUUCUGCAAUGCAAGACCUGUUUGUAAGCUCGAAAUCUUGUGUCAGAUGUAUCUAUUAUGCUUCUUCCUUUUGGCUC